GCGCAGCCGCGGACGGAGGGAAGGGCGAGACAGAAAGCUUCCAACGCAGCCAGAGCUCCUCCGCCAUUCAGCCAGACUGUUGACUGAACCGGGAGGGCCAGGACCGAACAGCAGAAGAACCGGAGCCCGUCGUCAGCUUCCCCCCCCGUGUUUCUCCGUGAGACUCCCCACACCGCAGCGACAACAUGCGUGAGAUAGUGCACCUGCAGGCCGGGCAGUGCGGGAACCAGAUUGGAGCAAAGUUCUGGGAGGUGAUCAGUGAUGAGCACGGCAUCGACCCAACAGGAACCUACCAUGGAGACAGUGAUCUGCAGCUGGACAGAAUCAAUGUCUACUAUAAUGAGGCUUCAGGUGGGAAGUACGUGCCUAGGGCCAUCUUAGUGGAUUUGGAGCCAGGCACUAUGGACUCUGUCCGCUCCGGCCCUUUCGGACAGAUCUUCAGACCCGACAACUUCGUCUUUGGCCAGAGUGGAGCUGGUAACAACUGGGCAAAGGGCCACUACACAGAGGGAGCCGAGCUGGUGGACUCGGUCCUGGACGUGGUGAGGAAGGAGGCUGAGAGCUGCGACUGCCUACAGGGUUUCCAGCUUACACACUCCCUGGGCGGUGGUACCGGCUCUGGUAUGGGAACUCUGCUCAUCAGCAAGAUCCGUGAGGAGUACCCUGAUCGUAUCAUGAACACCUUCAGUGUGGUGCCUUCUCCUAAGGUGUCAGACACAGUGGUUGAGCCCUACAACGCCACCCUGUCUGUCCACCAGCUGGUUGAGAACACAGAUGAGACUUACUGCAUCGACAACGAAGCCCUGUAUGACAUCUGCUUCCGCACCCUCAAACUCACCACACCCACUUAUGGAGACCUCAACCACCUGGUCUCUGCCACCAUGAGCGGGGUGACAACUUGCCUGCGUUUCCCUGGCCAGCUCAAUGCUGACCUCCGCAAACUGGCCGUCAACAUGGUGCCCUUCCCUCGUCUGCACUUCUUCAUGCCCGGGUUUGCCCCUCUCACCAGCAGAGGCAGCCAGCAGUACAGAGCCCUCUCUGUGCCCGAACUCACACAGCAGAUGUUCGACGCCAAGAACAUGAUGGCAGCCUGCGACCCGCGCCAUGGCCGCUACCUGACUGUGGCAGCGGUGUUCCGCGGCCGCAUGUCCAUGAAGGAGGUGGAUGAGCAGAUGCUUAACGUGCAGAACAAGAACAGCAGCUACUUCGUGGAGUGGAUCCCCAACAACGUCAAGACGGCCGUGUGCGACAUCCCGCCCCGUGGGCUCAAGAUGGCCGCCACCUUCAUCGGCAAUAGCACGGCCAUCCAGGAGCUGUUCAAGCGCAUCUCUGAGCAGUUCACCGCCAUGUUCCGCCGCAAGGCCUUCCUCCACUGGUACACUGGCGAGGGCAUGGACGAGAUGGAGUUCACUGAGGCGGAGAGCAACAUGAACGACUUGGUGUCUGAGUACCAGCAGUACCAGGAUGCCACGGCUGAGGAGGGAGAGUUUGAGGAGGAGGGAGAAGAGGAGGUGGCCUAAGGCUAAAAAUCACUCGUCAUUUCUCUACUGCACUCAUCAUAACUCCAUCCAACCAUCCAUCCACUCAUCUCACUCCUACUCUGACCUCUUUCUCUGGCUCUUCUAUCACACUAUUUCCUCUCUCUGCUCUCCUCUCUCAGUAAUCCCUCUCUCUGCCUCCCCUCUUUCUUUCCUCAGCAGCCCCUUCUCCACCAGCCACAGUACAAUUCACAACACUAAACUGACUCUCCCAUCUUGGUGCUCAUAUAGAGGUAGCUAACACAGUUGUGCUCGUGGUGUUUUGUCAGUAGCUUUCUGUUGAUGUUCAUUUAUCACCAUCAGUCCAACAGUACCUCGGCCAAAUAUUCAAUAAAACUGUUCAACUCACGCAAAUUUGAUCACUUGUCUAAUUUGGCAUUGAUUGAAAUAAAUUUGUUGGAAAAGAUA